UUUUCUCGCCAACUCAUUCAUCUCCAGCUCCGCCUCGUGUCUCGCGCAUUCCAACGUUACCGGCUUUUUCGUGUCAAAUAGACCGCCGAUUUACCGGAUUGUUUAGCCGUGUUCCGCCUAAAACUGGAUUUUUAGUCGAGAUGAGAAUUAGAUGAGUGAUUUCGCCACGUUUGAAGUUUUUAUUUAGUUUUUUUGUCGGUUUUAUAGAACAAAAACUUCGACGCCAGCUUCUGGCGAGCUAACAUUACGCUCGGCUAGUGAGAGCAUCCACCUCAUCGCUGCUGCCGCCGGAUUCUUCACUGCUAACGUGAGUCCCUCGGUUGAAUUUCAUUGCUUUUAUUUUUAACCUUUUCUGUAUUUUGUUGAGAACAAUAUAGUGGACACAACCGUGCGAACAAAUAUGAAUCAUCACCAGAAAUCCUGAUGCUGGUUUCCUCGCAGCGGCGGCGGCGGCAAACUGACAAUUAAAUACUUUAAGCUAGUCUGUUUGCUAGCACAGCAUACCGGCUAGCCAGCUAGCGUUAGUUAACUAGAAAUACUCCGUUUUUAGUCAUUUUAGUAAUUUACAUAUUUCAUAUAUAUUGACUCUUUUUGACUUUAUAGAGAUUGAGUCUGAGUGAGACGUUUAUUUUCCUGAAUUGUAACUAAUUAGUUAGCAUUUGCGAACAGCCCAUUUUGAGUCGUGGGAUGCACCAGGAAGGCUCGCUGGUUUCGCCUUUGCUGAGCGGAGUUUUCUGUCAGUGUCGUUCGGAAGAGUAUCACGGUUCAGACCCGGGUGGUGGUGGUGGAGGAGGACGAAGCCCAGCAGCCACGGCAAUGCAUUCCUCGGUUGAACCCAGCGAAGUGUCGGUGGAGCCGGACGCCACUGUGCAGAGCUGCUCGGUGUGUGGCGGACCAGAGCAGGAGCAUCGCCUGAAGGUGCUCUUUCAGAUCCUGGAUGUGAACAAGGACGGAGGGAUCUGUGUAAAAGACCUGACCAUCGGGCUAAAAAAACUCGGAGUCCAUCGCACCGAACAUGAACUUAUGAAAAUUGUAAAAGCUGGAGAUAAGGACCUGGAUGGCCAGCUGGACUUUGAGGAGUUUGUGCACUACCUAAGGGACCAUGAGAAGAAGCUACGCCUGGUCUUCAAAAGUCUGGACAAAAAGAAUGAUGGUUGUAUCGAUUCACAGGAGAUCAUGCAGUCACUGAGAGACCUGGGGGUGCACAUUUCAGAGCAGCAGGCUGAGAAAAUUCUCAAGAGAAUUAGGAGGGGUCAAGUCUGGGCCCCUAUAAUGUACAUGGACAAGAACGGCACAAUGACAAUUGACUGGAAUGAAUGGCGGGAUUACCACCUGCUUCAUCCUGCUGACAAUAUCCCUGAGAUCAUCCUCUACUGGAAGCAUUCGACAAUAUUCGAUGUGGGGGAGAGUUUGAUGGUGCCUGAUGAGUUCACAGCAGAGGAAAAGAAGACUGGCAUGUGGUGGCGUCACCUAGUGGCAGGAGGUGGAGCAGGCGCAGUGUCGCGCACCUGUACUGCCCCGCUGGAUCGGCUCAAAGUUCUCAUGCAGGUGCAUGCCUCUCGUAGCAACACCAUGUGCAUCGCAGGUGGCUUCUCUCAAAUGAUCCGUGAGGGUGGAGUUCGGUCGCUAUGGCGAGGGAAUGGCAUAAACGUUCUGAAGAUUGCACCAGAGUCCGCCAUCAAGUUCAUGGCCUACGAGCAGAUAAAGCGGCUUAUAGGCAGCAAUCAGGAAACCCUGGGCAUACUGGAGAGGCUAGUUGCAGGGUCUCUGGCUGGCGCUAUUGCACAGAGCAGCAUCUAUCCCAUGGAGGUUUUGAAGACUCGACUGGCCCUGGGAAGGACGGGUCAAUACUUUGGCAUUGUGGACUGUGCCAAGCAUAUAUUUCAGAAAGAGGGUUUGGCAGCAUUCUACAAGGGCUACAUCCCCAACAUGCUUGGGAUUAUCCCUUAUGCUGGAAUAGACUUGGCAGUGUAUGAGACUCUAAAGAACUCUUGGCUGCAGAGGUUUGCCACAGACAGUGCAGACCCGGGUGUGUUUGUAUUGCUAGCCUGUGGCACCAUGUCCAGCACUUGUGGUCAAUUAGCCAGCUACCCCUUGGCUUUGGUUAGGACACGCAUGCAGGCUCAAGCUUCAUUGGAGGGAGGACCUCAGAUGACCAUGAGUGGCUUGUUCAGGCACAUUGUGCGGACGGAGGGGGCAAUGGGGCUCUACCGAGGCCUGGCCCCCAACUUCAUGAAAGUCAUUCCUGCAGUCAGUAUCAGCUAUGUAGUAUAUGAGAAUCUAAAAAUCACCCUGGGGGUCCAGUCCCGGUGAGGGCAUCAGGCAAUCUCAGACUUUUUUCCCCUUAGUUUUUUCCUUUUUUUUUUUCUAUUUUUCUCAUCGUGAUCUAAAGUAGUCAACAAAAGGAGGCCACGAAACGAGAUGAGAAAGGAAUGGGAAAUCCUGGGUGACAAGACAUGAGUUUUGAGGCGAAGUUGUCAUUCUGUGAAUGCCAGAAGGGACAAGGAUGGUAAAAGUAGAGCCAGUAAGAAUCCAGACCAGAAGUCUGAGAAUGUAACGUCUCUCUCCCAUGUGGACUUUACAUUAUGGAAUGGGAUGAAAUUUUGGAAUCCUAUAUCUACUAUUCCACACAUCACACCCAAAAGUCAAGGCUCUUUACACCCUCAUCAUCAAACUGUAGUCGCCUAUGUUUCACUCGGGACCAAGAAUAUGCAUGUCCGUUUGCCACAGCCACACUGCUUGUGGUGUCUGAAGGACUGCUUAUAGUUUUGAGAAGCUGCUUAAAGGUCACAAUAUUAUAAUUCCUACCUUGCUGUGGGUUUUUAUUUUGUGUUGUCAUGUUUAUUUAAGCACUACUUUUUAUAUUAUCAUUUUGUUUAUAUAAUUUAUUAACUUAAUGAACCCUGACCCUCUUAAAACUGCAGAAACUAAUCCAGCCCUGUUUAUUUUGAAAACAAAGUGACAAUGUAAAAACCUAGAAAAGUUGCAAAGACUUCAAUUAUUGUAAAUAGUUUUUAUUCUGAAACUCUUUUUUUCAGUUAAAUUGUCUUAAUUUUGUUUUUCAGGACCUCAGAAGCAUUCAUUUUAUGUUGUCAGUGUUUAUUUAUUUAAUUCUAAUCUGUACAUAAAAAAUCUAAACAUGUAAACAGCAGAUUGAACAUUGUUAAAUGUGGUUGAUAAUUUGGUAGAAAGUUCAUAUGUUUAUAGACUUAAGUGCAAGGAUUCAUAUUACCCUCAAAAUAAUUAGGAGCGAUCAAGAGAACCAUCUACAUCACACGUGUCAGGAUCCAUUCCUCACGGGCAAAAACACUGCAAACUGCCUCAUUAAACACACCUGAUUCAGCUCAUCAGCUAAUUAAUAAGGGCUUCAUGAACUGAAUUCAGAGUGUUCGAUGAAGGCAAGCGCUAAUCUCUGCAGCACUUUGGCCUAGAAGGUCCCCAGUUUAACUUGAUCUAGAUAAAGAACUGUUUAAUUAGUCAUUUGUUUAAAUUCAAGCACUACUUCAGAAACAUUCUCAGUCUGAAUGAUACUUUGCUACUAGAUGUUCUAAAUUUUAAUACUGGUUAUACUGGAUAUUGUAAAAUUACUGGUAUAGUGGAUGUUCUAAAAUUGCAUGGUGGUCUACUGAACAUUCUAAUAUUAAAUGCUGUAUUUCACCAUACAAGGUCAAAUGUAUUGCACAUAUAGGGAAGGAGGGAAAGUGAAUCAGUGCAGUUGCUGCUGAUUUGCACCUUGUUGUUAAAUGAAUCCGUGCUUUUAAAAUUCAUUUUCUCCCAGUAUUAGUAUUAGUGUGCAAGCUUCAUGGUCCUGUAUUCUCAUUGUGCUUCACAAACACCAAGGAGUUUAACAAAAAAAAAAAAAGUACUCAGGAACUUUAUGGUAAUCUACAGAAUACAGACUUGAAUUUUUUGUCAUCCUGAAUGACACGAGUGAGUUAUAAAUUUACUGGUUGUUUUAUGUCUUAACCUUGUUAUUUAGAGCAUGCAAAUAUGGAUAGUCAGCGCAGGGGUGUGAUGUCACAUGUUGUAGUUGAAAGGGAAAUGCUUUUUGGGAGGAAAAAAUGGAUUUUAUUAGUGUCAUGACUGGGACAGAAACUCUGCUGUCGCAUUUUAAAUUUAGUGACUACUGUGGAGGGCAACAGCCAUGUGAAGUUAAAUAUAAAACAAACUGAUUUCGGACAAGUUUUCACUUAAGGCAGAGAAACAUGUAAAAAUCUAAGCAGGCAUUUUGCGAAAAACAGUAUGUUAAGGUUAUUACAAUACCACAAAUUUAGUAUUUGAUUCAAUACUAAAAAAUACUUGCUAAAAAAAUGCCACUUAUGCAAUAUUGUUUACAUUCUCACUUUAUUGGAGCAUUUAAGAUUUAUAGAAGUACAAUAUUUGAAACAAACACUGAGCUUUAGUGUCUCAAUCUAACACUCUAGCCACAGGAUAAUGGGAUAGCCCUAAGCUAACACAAAAUUUGCUCGAUUAGAUUAAAAGUCACAAUACAAUGUGAGAUGCAGUGAUACAGUUUGUUAUAUUAUUACGUCCCUAGUACAUAAAUGUUUCGUUUUGGACUGUUGCCCCAUGUACGGAUAAAGGUUGCAGUAAAAAAUUGGUAGGCCCUUUGCCGCAAGACCUAUUAGCCAGACCAUGAUGUGUAUUAGCCAAAAAUGUAGGGGAUUUUACAUGUCGUGAAAUCUCCAGUAAGCUUUUCCUAAACCUGCUGCAGUCUUGUAUCAUAAAGUUGAGCUGUGUCGCUGCAGUGUAGUACUAUAACAAAGUAUGUUGGGUCCUAUGACUGAAUGGAUGUAAUUUGAUGGUAGCUUUAUGUUUGUUUUCUUUUUUUUAUUUUUGCGCUGCUAUGGAAGUGAGAGGGAGUAUGUUUGUUUUUCGUCUUAGAUCAGUAUUCUCAGGGAGAACUCCAGCAGACCUGGACGGUCUCCAUUACUAUACCAGAGAAGACUACCUGAGUUCAAAAUUAUGUAGUAUUUAAUAAACUCACUGCAGGGCAUGAAAGCUCAUGGUCCUUUGGAGUGCAGUAUAUGUAAAGCAGAAUCUCAUCCCACAUUCAGUCUUGAUUAUUUCUUCUUUUUCCGUUACGUAUAAAAGUUGUUGAUUUGAUCUUGGACCAGCUUCCAAAUCAGUCAUCAGUGAUUAGUAAUUAACACAUAACCCUAAAGAGGUCUUCAACCUUGCUCCUGGUAAAUUGGCUUUCCAGGAUUUCAUAGGUGCCUUCAGAAUAUUUUCUUUAGCUGAAUCAGAUGUUUUGUUAGAUUUGGCUUGAAAGCAGAACUUUGGGAACAGGCUAAGUAACUGAAUACUCAACCUGAGCUCCAUCUUCCACAUCUGUAGCAUACUUUCCAUGCAGAACAGAAACACUUGAAACAGACUUGUAGUAGAAGUCAAUGUGCAGGUGCUUCAGCUGAAACAGAUUGGCUUCCCUUCCAAGUCUGUUUUCAGGUGGUUUUCCGUGGAUGAGGACACGCACUCAGAUUGUUUGAAAGCUACAAAUGCAGCAGACAGAGAUUAGGUUCAAAAACAUUGGACUAUUUCUAUAAGUAUAAAAAUGACAUUGCAAUCUGGUCAAAUAUUAACAAAGGGCAAGUUCUACAUAAUCCUCUCUCGGUGGUCUUACAGUGAGCUGUAUUUUUUACUAGCCUUGCUGUUACUGUUCUAAUGCAUGCAUGUAUGUGUGUGGGUGAUGUAUAAAUGUACACGAAUGCUAUAAAAUAUAUAUGCAGGGCUUUAACCAACUGAGGGCUUUGCCUCAUAGUGGAGGUUGCUCCUUUACUAAAGUUUUCUCCUAAUGCAUUUUGCACUUUUACCCUCUAAUGAAAUCUCUAUGGCCCAGUUCACUUGUAUGCUACAGUCAUUCGCUUGAGUCCCAUAAGAUACGGAAGCCCUAAAAGGUCAGGAAUUAAUGUUUUUUUUUUUCCUUUCUUUUCACUGGUUUUCUUGAGAACUUGAUAUAAAUAUAUCAUGACCUGUUUUCUUGAUGUUUUUGCCAUUAUCACAACACAAUGAAUGUUACCUCAGCAAAACAAUGUAAUGUCAUGAUAACGAUAUGACUGUCAGAACACAUAACCACAGAAAAACAUGCAACUUAAUGGCCUUUUAGGGCUUCUGUAAUAAAAAUGGGUCUUCAUUAAUCCUGGGGUCAGGCUGGUCUUAAGCAUGUGGCUCUUGUCCCUUGUCCGCUUAAAAGACACAUUCAUCUGGAAAAAUCUACAGUACUUUGUUAUUUCAUGAGUACUGGCCCAGGCUUGAAGCUUGUCUUUGUACCAAGAAGCAACAAUGAUCCCCUAAUCCUUGCCAUGCUGCCUGAUAUUUAGCGCCUUACUUUUCAGCAGCCACUGUCUGGCCUUUGUAACUGCAUUUGCAGAACUGAAUCGUGGUCUUUUGCCACAUGUUGAACAGUACAUAUUAAUAUACAUGUUAUCACUUGCUAAAAUGACUGCAUGGCAGUAGUCAAAGUGGAAAAUACCUGGUAAGAUGUGAUGAAUUACUGUUAAUAAUUCCAGUAAUAGGUCCCAUGGAUGUGUGAUAUGGAGGGACCUUGGUGCCUGAGCAACACAGGCUUGGAUUCAGAAAUGUCCACAGAGAAUAUUCAAAUAUUUGUACUGCAAAGCAUAUCUUUAUAUGGAGUAAGGCUUAAAAAAUUACACAUCUGAAUUUUAGCUGAUGCUAAAAUGUAAUAAUCAAUGCAAAAACGUGUGCUGCAAAGUCUGAGUGUUGUCCCUGAUUAGAAUGCCUCAUGUGUAUGAAUGCAAGUACAUUUGUUUGUAUGGGAAUAAUGUCCAAUAAAGAUGCUUCAGUUGCUUCUUGCUGUUUGAAGUAUGAAGUUGGGCGAAGUUGGGCAAACCUGCUGAGCAAGAAUGAUUGAUUGUUUACCUAAUGCUAUUUCAAAUAAAUAAAAUAACAGGUCUGUCAAACAAA